CUUCUGUUCAGUCACAAAGCUCCCACUCACUACUGUUGACUUUUAUUGAAUAAUUAAAAAAGAAAACUGCCAUCCUGUCAUGUUUAAGGCAGAUCAAACUAGUAGAGUCUCCCACACAGAGUUAGAAGGUGGUUAAAUAAUACAUUUUCAAUCAAGCCAUAUCUGUAGGGACCUCUGGCUUGUGCCUGAUCUUAGGUCUUAGUGUGCCAGUAAUCAGAAGUUAUCUUUAUUAUUUUAAAGUAAUUAUAUUUCGCUUAACCUAGUUUUAUUGAGUCCUUUCUUCAUCUCCAAGGCACAGAGAGCAGUCCCAUCAGGAGGAACCCAGCAGGCAACGUGGCGCGGCCCAUGGUGCAGAGGCUGCCGGAGCCCAAAGAUGUGCUGGACUGUCUGGAGAUCAACACCUUUGAUACCCCUCCUUACUACUCCACCUCCUCCGAGAGCUUCAGGAACACCAUCGAAGGCUACAGCGCCCCCCAGGGGAUGUACGACCCAGUGAUCCGCAGUCUUCACAAUCUGGCCCACCUCUUCCUCAACGGGACGGGUGGACAGACUCACCUGUCGCCCAAUGAUCCCAUCUUUGUCUUGCUUCACACCUUUACCGAUGCAGUCUUUGACGAGUGGCUCCGCAGGCAUCAACCGGGUGACACUGUUUACCCCGAUGAGAACGCUCCCAUUGGACACAACAGCAGGUUCAACAUGGUUCCUUUCUGGCCGCCUGUCACCAAUGCUGAGAUGUUUGUGCCUGCCCCAGAAAACCUGGGAUACUCAUAUGAGGUCCAGUGGCCGGCUCGUACCUUCACCCUCUCUGAGAUCAUCAGCGUAGCCGUUAUUGCUGCAGUGCUGGUUGUGGUGGUGGUUGGUAUCGUCAUAGCCUGCGCUAUGCGUUCUCACUCUUACAACUCUGCCGAGGCCCUGGAGCCGCUGUUGGCAGAAACUUACCGACGCUACUCAGAGGAAGACCGCAGGCUGGACAAAUCACAGUCCGUUGUCUAACAUUUUCGAUUAUCUUGAGAGGACCCAACAUUUACAUACAUAAAUUUGUCUUGUUUUCCUUUUUUUAAUUAUUCCUCCAUUUCUUCUAAUAAAGGUGAACUGGUUUUGAGGCUUAA